GAGUUUUUUGCUUUGGGGGUAUAGCUGGAUUCUGGAAUCAUACGUUUGGAGGAGCGCUCGAAGGUCCAUUGUAACUCAGAUGACUCAGUAAAUUGGCUUGCAGCAAUCACCAAGUGCACAGAUCAUUUUUUGCUUUAGGUUUUUUAUUAUUUUUUUUUAAUCGGAAGAAUUGGAAUUACGGGCGCUAUACUUGGUCCUAUUCAGGUACGGAAAUCUCAAGGAGUUGGGAGAGGCUUUGCAAAAAGGAACUUGAAACGGCUCGAGCAUGGCUGUGAGGAGGGACUCCGUUUGGAAGUACUGUUGGGGAAUUUGGAUGGUUUUAUUCAGGACUGCAAUUUCCAGAUCGAUAGUUUUAGAACCAAUAUAUUGGAAUUCCUCGAACUCCAAAUUUCUACCUGGACAAGGACUGGUACUAUACCCACAGAUAGGAGACAAACUGGAUAUAAUCUGCCCAAAGGUGGACUCUAAAACUGUUGGCCAGUAUGAAUAUUAUAAAGUCUAUAUGGUUGAUAAAGACCAAGCAGAUAAAUGCACUAUUAAAAAGGAAAACACACCUCUGCUCAACUGCGCCAAGCCAGACCAAGACGUUAAAUUUACCAUCAAGUUUCAAGAAUUCAGCCCUAACCUCUGGGGUUUAGAAUUUCAAAAAAACAAAGAUUAUUACAUUAUAUCUACAUCAAAUGGGUCUUUGGAGGGCCUGGAUAACCAGGAGGGAGGGGUGUGCCAGACAAAAGCCAUGAAGAUCCUCAUGAAAGUUGGACAAGAUGCCAGUUCUUCUGGGUCAACCAGGAAUAAUGACCCAACAAGACGUCCAGAACUGGAAGCUGGGACAAAUGGAAGAAGUUCAACAACAAGUCCUUUUGUAAAACCAAAUCCAGGUUCUAGCACAGAUGGCAACAGUGCUGGACAUUCGGGGAACAAUAUCCUUGGUUCCGAAGUGGCCUUAUUUGCAGGGAUUGCUUCAGGAUGCAUCAUCUUCAUUGUCAUCAUCAUCACCUUAGUGGUUCUUUUACUAAAGUACCGGAGAAGACAUAGGAAGCAUUCACCCCAGCACACUACGACACUGUCCCUCAGUACAUUAGCCACCCCCAAACGAAGUGGCAACAACAAUGGCUCUGAGCCCAGUGACAUUAUUAUCCCCUUAAGGACUGCAGACAGUGUUUUCUGCCCUCACUAUGAAAAAGUCAGCGGAGAUUAUGGGCAUCCAGUGUACAUAGUCCAAGAAAUGCCUCCACAGAGUCCAGCAAACAUUUACUACAAGGUCUGAAAGAACUCUCUGGUGGUACCUUUUGAUUUCCCAGAGGAAACUUACUGGUCAGAUGCUUUCAGUUGAGGGUUUUUAAUGGCACAUUGUGCAUUAGGAUUGACUAGAGCACAGUGGGGGGAAAAGGCACCAAGCCCCUUCGCGGAGAGCCUUCUUGAGCUGGGACAGCUUACCUAGUCUGUAGAAUUUCUGUCUUGGUGAAUAAACAUUCACUAGAAGCUGGAAGACUUUAUAUAGAAGAUACCCAUUCUGAUUGCUGUACUGUUGUUACAUUCAUCAUCCUCUAAGCCAUGGGAUGCUGCAGGCAUUCAGGCAUGUAUAAAAAGCCAAGGGAAGAAGGAGUGCUUUGUGGACAACACUAGUUCUAGACGUGCCGGGAAGAUGUUCUAGGAUCUGGAGCUUGCAUUGCAGUCUCCCAACUCGGUGUGUGUAUCUCUCUCUCAGCGCGUACUGGAUGUGUCCCACAGACCUCUGUGGCUAAGUAAGACUCUUAAAAGUUCUCUUGCUUUUAGUUCAACACUGUUCCAUUCACUUCUGUCGUAUCCAGGGCCCUGCCAUUCUUCUUCACACAAGAUUUCCUUUCACUCCACAUCCGGCAUCACUAAUGGAACAUUAAUGUUGUUGGGAGUUCUUUGCUCCUUCCAUUUGCUACAGCAGCUAUAGUUGAAUGGGUAAUACAUUUUCUAGAAAUUGUGUUUGCUAAUAAGGAGCCUUCCAGCCAGAAGUUAGGCCGGUCCGCCGAAUAAGACUAGGAGUUCAUGGAUGGGGGUGGGGCGGGGGAAAGGGCUGACUGCAAUUGCAGUUCAUGCUGCUGCCUCUGAAACAUGAAGCUGGAAACAAACAAACAAAAAAACCAUUUUUAGGUAGCACAGCACUUUGGUUUGCUAAGUUUUAAGAGGCAAGUAGGAGACACAACACCACACGCAGUGGAUUAGGGCUGCAUUUGAAGGAAUUCACUGUUAUCAAAUAGCAAUGUUCGGAGAGAAAAAAAAAAUAGUACCUUUUGGUUCAGUAGAACAAAGGGGGGUAUUGUUAGUAAAUGAACAAGCUUGGAGGGAAAGACAAUAGUAGGCCGCUGAUGAUAUAUUAGGGCAGGACUGUUGUGGUACUGGCAAUAAGAGACACAGCUCUGAAGCUGUAGGAAAGUCUUAGUCUGCUUUGGGAUGGUUUUUAAAGCAGACUCAGCUGCUAUACUUAUCACAUUUUAUGAAACACAGGGAAAGCAUUUAGGAGAAUAGCAGAGAGCCAAAUCUGACCUAGAAGUUCAAAAGCCAAAGGUCAAAUGGGCUGUAAUUUCCAUCAUCAUUGACAUUAUUAAAGAAUUCUCAUAUAUAAAAGGUAGGUCAGACCUCUCCCCCUCCCCCUCCCCCUCCCCCAUCCUAUACACAGAGACCCAGAUUGAGCCUUAUGACACUUUGGUUUAUGGCAGUGCUGUCCCUGCUGCAUGGUGAAGUCUAGGUACUGUGACUGACACAGCAGUUCACCCGGUGCUCUGUUUAAAAGUAAAGCACAUAUGGCAAACCUCUUAAGAGUCCGCAAGACUGAAAUAAAUUAUGAUGUCGAGGGGGAGGAGGAAGAUAUGACUUAUUUAUAAUAGGUGUAUAGAACACAAGGGAUAUAAAAUGAAAGAUUAUUACUAAUAUAUAUUUUAAGAUUGCACGGAGUGCACACCAGAAGAUGUGAAAUUCAUUUGUGGCAAUUAAAUGGUCUGACCUCUCAGUGCUUUAAAAAAAAAAAAGAAGAAAUUUUUUUUUUUAAU